CUGAUUGAGGGGGCUGUACUCGCCGGGUAGUACGUAUGCGUCGGACAGAGCGGAAGUUGAGUGUGGGACGCUAUUUGGCGCACGCGCAAGAGGAAAGUGGUAGAAUACGCAUGUGCUGAGAAGGGGGCAACAGGAGGGUACCCAGCUGUAUUGCGCGUGCGCCAGAAUCCGAGUCAGCGGUUGCCGGUCGGGAGGCUGAGGGGCUCGCACAGUGCGCUUCCCCUGGGCCUGGGCCCGGGCCCGGGCCGACGGCGCUCCAUCGGGAUGGACGGAGACUUCCUGCUGGCGCUGCGGUUACAGGCGCAGUGGGAGGAAGAGGAGGAAGCGGCGGCGGUAGCGGCCUGUAGCGAGUUCCCGCGCGGCUCCUCAGCGCCGCCGCGGCCGCUCUCCGUGGUGGACGAGGCCUGGGAGCUGCUGGACCCGAGCCCCGACGUCCGCGGCCUCUUCGUGCAGUUCAACGAGACGCUCUUCUGGGGGAAGCUGGCGGCCGUGGCGGUGACGUGGAGCCCGCGCAUGACGCUAUGUGCUGGAGUGUGCAGCUAUGAAGGAAGAGGUGGGAUGUGUUCCAUCCGCCUUAGUGAGCCACUCUUAAAGCUAAGACCAAGAAAGGAUCUUGUAGAGACACUCUUACAUGAAAUGAUUCAUGCCCUAUUAUUUGUCACUAACAAUGACAAAGACCAUGAAUCCCAUGGGCCAGAGUUUUGCAAACACAUGCGUCGUAUCAAUCGCAUGACUGGAGCCAAUGUUACAAUCUAUCACGACUUUCAUGAUGAGGUGGAUUCAUAUCGCCAACACUGGUGGCGAUGUAAUGGCCCAUGUCAGAGUAGAAAACCUUAUUAUGGAUAUGUGAAACGCGCAAUGAAUAGGGCACCCUCUGCGCGAGACUUCUGGUGGUCUGACCACCAACAGACCUGUGGAGGAACGUUCUCAAAAGUAAAGGAGCCAGAGAACUAUUCUAAAAAAGGCAAGGAGAAAACCCAGCUAGGAAAGCUUUCAAACUCUGAGCCAUCUGAUACCAAAGGAAGGAUACAUGGAGGUGAUAUACGAAGCCUAAUUCCUUUUAGUGGAAAAGGAUAUCAGCUUGGAGGAGCAGGCCUUUGGUCCUCUGAGAGACACAAAAGUUCCAACAGUAUUAAGGGCAGAGAAAUACCCAGUCCACAAUGUUAUUCAGCAGCUGGAACCGCAAGAUCAGUUCCUAAAAAUGAACUAAAAUUUGAACCAAACACAUUCAGUACCAGCAUUUCCCAUCCAGUUUUUACUGAUCGCUCCAAUCAUAAAAACAGCUUUGCUUUGAACCACAAGUUUCCUAAAAUAUCUGUCGCUAAUACAAAAGCUUACAGGAAUGUUGAUGGGUCGCCUGUUAAAAUUUCUCCUGUUAAUGGAGGAAAUUUGAACCAAAGUCCUACAAAUGCCAAGUCGGUUUUUCCAUCUUCUAAUGAGACACCAAAACAAACUUCCUUUGAACAAGCUGAGACAACUCUAAGAUCCUGGGUUUCAUCCCAGGAAAAUAGCAGCUUUGAAAGUGGUGGUAUACCACAGAAACGGCCAAAAACGGAAGACAAAUCUGCCUUUGUAAACUACUUUACAAAGAGAGAGAGUACUGAUGGCACUUCUAGAACUAACACUCCUAUAAAAAACAAUGCUGAACCAACAGUGUCCUCUGAAAGUUGUAGUUCUGCUGUUAGUCAGAAUAAAAAAGUUAGUUGUCCCGUUUGCCAGACCGAGGUUUUGGAGACCAAAAUAAAUGAACACCUAGACUCUUGUCUGACAUAACCUUUGAAAUGCAAUAUCACAGCUAAGUACUAAGAAUUGUUUGAAAUCUUCAAAUUACAUUGCUCAGGAUUUAUCCAAUUAUGAUUGUUAUUGUGUGCCUGUACACUGGCCUGUAUUGUCCAAGCUGGUAACUUUCCUAUAUGUGUAAAGUGGAGUCUGAAUUUCAGCAUGAAGGGAGGGCAGUUCUGAUCCUAACAUGCAACUCAAAAAAAAAAAAAAAAUCAGAUGUAUAGACUCUCCCGGUGCUUGUGUCCCAAAGAGCCUAAGGGUAUAUGUACGCUACCAAGCCUACAUCAGCAAAUUAUGCCAGCACAGGUGACAGGAGGAGGAAUUCUGUUGGUGUGGGAACAGCACCUCCCUGAACGAUUUUAGCUGUGCCAGCAGAAGCCCUCUUCUGUCCGUAUAGCUGUGGUCUGUGCUGGUGGUAUAGUUGGAAUAAGUGUGUCGCUAUGAGGAUUGGUUUUUCUACACCCCGACCAACAUAGCUCUGUCGGUAUAAAUUUUGAAGUGUAGACCAGGCCAAAUACACUCCUGAUUUUAGUAAAUGCAAUUGUGGUUGGGUUACAUUUUUACUGCAGAACCUAAGAAGGUCUCUUCCCAUAGUAACACUUACUAGAUUCUGAAAUCUUAGAUGAUUUCUAAAAGCAACUUAACGUUUUUAACCAUGUUUUGUCUUUUUGUACUUUUCCUCAGUCCCCAAAAUGUUCUUUAACUCAUCCCUCGCCACCUUUUAAAUUUAACUUCUAAAUUGUCCCCUUCCACAUAAACUGAUACCAACUUAUCAGUUUACCACAAUGAAAAUGUGUUAAAUAGUGGGCAUUUUUUUAUAUUCUUAUAACACCAAAUAUUGUGUUUUGGCCACAGCUGCCGACUCUCCAGAUAUCCGUUUUGCCCAAAACUUUUUAAAGGGCAGGUAGGAAUGAGGAUGGAAUUAGAUUUAAAUUAUGGUUGUAUCCACACUGCCAGCGAGGGGUGUGAUUCCCCUGGUCAUGUACACAUACUCACUCUAGCUCUUUUCAAUACCCACCUGAAACCAGUAGAAAUGUAUGCACUCAGCUCAGCCAUAUCUCUGCUGCUGCUACAUUGCUAUUUAUAUUUGCACUAGCUGGAUGAGAGUGCAAGUAUGUAUAAACAACCAGGGGAAUCACACCUCUUGCUUGCAGUGUAGACAUAGUUUAAGUCUUCAGCAAAAAUGGGGAGCAGCUUAGAAGUUAAAAAAAAAAUAUAGUAAGUCUAUUUUAGCAUAAUCUUGUAAGUGGAGAGCAUGGGUAGAAAAUUAGUGAUAUGGGAGGGAUUCUAGAUACUUACACUGCUUGAUGCAUUUGAUGAAGCAUUAGGCUGUAGACUUAAGGCCCUAUUAGAGAUACAUACUGGGUUUUGAAGCAUUGGUUAAGAGGGACAGGAAUAGGAUAAUUUUUGUUUAGCCACUUUGGUUGGUUUUUAAUGUGCAUGGAUGGUAUGCAGGCAGUGACAGCUAAUUCAUGGUCCAACAAUCUCCACUUUUUUUCCUUCUGUCCCUCACAUUGGCCUUGCUGCAUAUAUUGACGCGUCAGUGGCUUUCACUCUUUAACUCCAAGAAUGUGUAGUGUGCGUUUCUGUAUAUUUGACCGCUAAAGGCUAAAACCACCAAGAGUAAAAAUAGGGCUGAGUACAAGUAGCAAAACUAGAAGACCAUGUCAUAUCACUAGUCCUGCUACAGAAUUCUAACUGAAGGCCUGAAUUUAAAUGCAGAUUUCCAAUUGAAUUCCCAUUGCAAUCAUUGGCAGAGCUUUGCUUUGCUUCCUUAUCAGCCUAAUUAAUAGUUCAGUCAGUAUAUGCUAACAGCAUUCUAUUACAUGUUAUGAAUACCAAGUAAGAUGUAUAAAGCCUACUAAAAUGUUUACAGUUCUGUUGGUGCACUAAAGGUAUUUAACUGACUGGUUUGGGCAAUACUGUCACAGUUUGAACUAGCUUUCCCAAUGAAUUUAUUAUACACUAGGUUGCUUUUUGAACUGCUGGUAGGUAUAUAUGGUGGCUAUGAUGCAGACAAAAGUGUAAAUACAGGUUGUCUUGUUAUAAAUGUAACGUGGCUUACAAUUGACUUCCUCUGAGAUGAGAAAUAAACAGAUCAGACAGUUACGGAAUUUGACCCGUGCUAACUAAUAUCUAGUUUCAAAGUAUAGGGGAAAAAAAAACCCUAAGAUUGCAUAGAAUGUACUUUUUUUCAAGAAACUGAAUUUUAAAAUACUGACAUUACUGAAAUGUUUUAAUGACCUUAACAAAAAUGUCUUGCAUAUUCUGAAUAAAUCAUGAUGCUGAA